AUGCCGUCGAUCUCCCAGCCAUUUAGGCUUACCGCACUUCCCAAAAUCGCGUCGCUGAAUAAUUAUGCUACCCAAGGAAACUACUUGCAAGUGGCAGACACUCUAACUCCUACAACAAACAACAUCAACGUUGGUGUGUCCGGCUCGGCAGUCUCCCAAUAUAUCAUAAAUCCCACGCCCAAAUUGGUUUACAACCAGCCUAUCUCAUCCACUAAUGUCGUGAGCGCAUGCGCUGUUGCAGAAAUCACGACGACCAGUGAAAAAGAUUCGCAAGAGGUGAUUUGUUAUGGCAUUCAGAGCAACAGAGUCUAUUCUUUGUGUGCAACGAUCAAGCCUGUUUCUUCCACAGCGUCCGAUUCCAGCUUCGGCGAAACAUACGCGGCUCACAAGGUGUCUGUUAGUGACCAGAUUGUUAAUCUGAAGGUGUUUCCUGACACGAAAUCUAUUGUGGCGGUUCUUCGAAGCGGGCUUAUCCAGUUUUUCGACUUCGAAUUGAAAUUGCAACACUCUCUUGAUUCUUCUUACAAAAAUGUCAGCUAUGUGCAGCACUUCACUAGCGAAUCAGGCCAAAGGUAUACGUUCCUAUUAAGCGAUAUCGACGGCCAUAAAGUUUCAUUCAAACUUUUCGAAAUUGGCCAAUCUGAUUCCGCCACCCCUGCCACAGAACUGAGCUCUGUGAUUCUGGAAAACAUGUGCCUGAAGGACUCGCAGAUUUUCUACCAAUUCGGGCAGGUUUAUAGGCUGCACGGCAAUGCAGUGAGCAUUUAUAACUUGCCACACUUUCAGCAUUCUCGCACAAUCGAACUGCCAUUCCUCGCACCUGAGAGCAUAAUAUCAUUCAAGCCAAUUUCCACAAACAGGGCUCUUUUGACCUCUGACAACAAAAUAUUUCUACUCGAUCUACUGCAUAAUGCUAUUUUGAGUCAAAGAGAGAUGGGGCAUGUUAAAAUCUUUCAAUUGCUGGAAACUGCUGUCAUUCCUGGAAAUUCGACAUUGAAUAAUAAAACUAUCGCCCUUGGGGUCUCUAUUAAACAUGGGUCGAAUCCCUCUAGCUCACUGGACAUCAUCAAUAUUGAUGUAGGCACUGGUACUCUAAGAGACUCUAUGGGCAAAGGCUUCAUGAGCCGAGAAAAUAAAUCUCAGCAUCUUCAGCCGCUGAUCAGCACUCUGAAUGACACUGAGGCUGCUGAAUUCAAUUACGAUCGUAUUUUAAAGGAACUUUCGAAAGCUGCCGAUAACAUUGAGAAUUUUGACUCCGUAUUCUUCAAAAGACUAGGCAUUAAAAACAACUAUUAUACGGAUUCUGACAGAUUUGUGAAUGACAGAGAGUUUUUAGAGGAUGUGUCGACCCUCAUUUUCAAAAGCUUCAAGUCAGAAUAUCCAAAAGCGCUAACUUACCUCCUGACUAAUCCCUUGUUCCCGGUGUCGCACACACACAACUUGCUUCAAAAGCUGAAAGAUCAUCCAAGACUAUUUAAGCAAGCCAUUGUCACUUGUCCUAAUUUGCUCUUGGAUGAACUAGUGCAAGAACUCUUCACAGUGAUAAACGAUGAAUUGUGCCUGGACCUGUCUUUGCGCAUUCUUCAGGACUUCAACAAAGACUCUAUCAAGGAGGCUAUCAAACAAAAGAGCAAGAUCGAUGUCAACAAUUUUAUAAACUUUGUUAUCAGUGAAAAUUUCGAAGAAGAUAGAAUCAAAAACAAGCCACGCCUUUUCCAACUGCUCAGCUUGGUGCUAGACUCUGUGGGACUUUUCGCCUUGGAAAAUGAAAUGUUGGAGAAACUGACCAAAUACAUUGACCAACAGCUUUCUGUUGUUAAAGAGAAUGUGGAGCUAUACAAUUUGGUCGAAGAAAAGAACUUCAAGAAUGGCUUCGGCCAACCACUGGGCGAUACUUCUACGUCAGGAGAACCGGUGAUCACAGCAUAUAGUAUAGAGCAACUGGAGCUAUAG